UCAGAUGCGAAGCCAAUAGGAGGAGACUGCGCAAAGCACGCCGGGAUGAUGGAGAAUUUUUCUGCUCUCUUUGGAGGGACAGAACCUCCUCCGUCUACAACAGCUGCCGCGCUAGGCUUUGGCCCAGGAAAACCGGGAGGACCCGGCACUGGACAGCCUCCUGUACCAACGGUGACUUCGGUCGGAGAAGAGGCAGCACGCAAAGCGGCGGCAGCCAGCGGUCCUUUUUACCUAAUGCGCGAGUUACCAGGUACCACAGAACUAACGGGAAGCACAAAUUUGAUCACCCACUACAACUUAGAGCAUGCCUACAAUAAAUUCUGUGGCAAAAAGGUGAAAGAGAAGCUCAGCAACUUUCUGCCUGAUCUGCCAGGAAUGAUCGAUUUGCCAGGCUCACAUGAUAACAGCAGCUUGCGUUCUUUAAUUGAAAAACCUCCCAUUUGCGGUAGCUCAUUCAACCCUAUCACUGGUACCAUGUUAACAGGGUUUCGUCUCCAUGCUGGCCCGUUGCCAGAACAAUGUCGCUUAAUGCACAUCCAGCCACCUAAGAAAAAAAAUAAGCAUAAACAUAAGCAGAGCCGAACCCAAGACCCUGUCCCUCCAGAAACGCCCUCGGAUUCUGAUCAUAAGAAAAAGAAGAAAAAGAAAGAGGAUGAUCCUGAACGGAAAAGAAAGAAAAAAGAGAAAAAGAAAAAAAAGAAUCGCCAUAGCCCUGAACAUCCAGGUGUGGGCAGCUCACAAGCCAGUAGCAGUAGCAGCCUCCGGUAGGAUCUUACCCAAGAUUAUAUUAAAGAGAGUUCUCCAUGAAAUGCUACAGACAUAUUGAGAGGAGGAGGAAGAGGAAGAAUAAGGACAGGAAAACCACAACUACCUUGUAUAUCUCCUUUUCAUCUUUUGGAGCAGUAUAUAAAAGAUUAUAUUGGAUGGAGCUUCAGGACUUCAUAGCUUUCUCUACAAAGAACACGGACUUUGCUUGGGACAUGGAAGCUGAGGCCUUUAUAUGGAAAUUAUGUACUGUAUAUUAUUUUGUGUUUUGUAAAAAAAUGAUCCUGACUAAGUUGGGAUAUGUUUGUUUCAUAUUUUAAUUAAAUCUCUGUUGGAGGAGAUGCUAAUGAUUUUAAGGAAUCCUGAGUACUGGACUUUUCCUGUGUUGUAUUGCAAACAGUUCUGAAUUAUUUUGCAAUUAAUAAAUUGUGAGCAGAAAUUCCAGAAGUUGCUUGAGAUAUAGGUUGGAUAAGUAGUGUGAUAAAAACACCUUAUGUGACUUAAGCUAUUUUGGGUAGAGGAGAAGAAAAGACAAAAUUUUAAAUUGGCAGGAAAGACAAUAUAAGGUUGGAUUUCACUUCCAUGUUAUUAGUUUUGUGAGGAGUAGAUCUACUUUAGAAUAACAUGAACAACUAAUUCAAAGUAUUGACCAAAAUCCAUGUAACAGUAAAAGAUGUCAAUAGGAAAUGAUAAUCUGUGAAUUAGAGGACAAGAUUGUUGUAAAAUUCUUUUCUUCAAAGAAUCACUUAUAAGGUAAAUAUUUUUCUACACAUUCUCUUGUUUAAUUAAAGAAGUAGAUUUAAUUUUUGCCAGGAGGAAGGAGAAAUAUGUUGGGAGAUUUAAAUUGAAUAUAUAAAGCCAUUUCCAGAAACCUUAUUUUUCAUUCCUUCUGUUAAGCAUUCUUUGCUCUCUUUGACCUCACUACCUCAUUACAAGUAUGCUGGCAAAAAUUAUUACUUAAAACUAUUUAAUUUGCUUCUUUCCUGGUUCUAAACAUCAGAGAGAAUUAUAAUCUGGCUCCAUUUUAAAAUAACUGGGGAAAAUAUGAAGCAAAAUGUUCAUGAUUGGGAAAUAUUUGCUCUUUGCUGCCUCUUCUUGCUUGCAAAAGAAUAGUAAGGCUUUCAGCAAUGCCUCUUAUGAUCAAUUUCAUGUAAUAUGGGAGAACCCUACUAAAAUGCCUCUGCAAUUUCCUUCAAAUAAAAAUGUGAGUGGGCAUUUAACAUAGGAACAGUACUGUAUAUGGGCAACUAGGCAGCAGCUUUUCAUAGGACUCCUCUGCUUUGAGCAAAAAGACAGGUGGGCAUUUUCAUCUCUUUCCACAUCUGCAGCUGAUUUUGUUUUAGAUAAAUCAUAACGCUAUCAUAAAAGUAGCUUGGAUGAACUUUCACCCCAAUAUUGUGGCCUUGAUUUAAAAAAAUAACUUUUUUUAACCAAAGAAAAGGGUUGGAAAAUACUUUCAGGGACCUUCCCUAUCAUAUUUGGUUACUGAAAAAUUGAAAAAGUUUCUUUUAUAGCAUUUGAAUAGCAGAUGGAGAUGCUUGGGUUUACAGUAUCUAAGUUUUCUAAUGAUUGAUUCUAUAUUCUAAAUGACUUUUAUGCUCCUAGCUUGUACAGAGCAGCUUGCUUCAUCCCAAAAUAAAUAUGUUCCAUGAAAUA